AAGGCCUAAUACUCGCUUGACUCCUCUUUUACUAGUUUAGAUACUUUUUCUUCUGUAAUUUUCAAUUUCCUGUCCCUUCUUUUCUAAAUGCGGCUUAUCCAUCCGCCUUCAUAUCAUUGGACCUAGUUCCCGUUUAGUGUGAACCAACCAACCAAGUGCCGAGACCUCAAUGCAACAUUGGCUACACAUAGCUGUCCUGCAGUUCGCAAUUGCCAUCAGGCAGGAAAAUUGAACGUUCCUCCCGAUCGCUGGUGAGCAGAGAGCAAGGGAACAUCAGCAACAAAAUUUCUUCCUAUCCAAGACGACAGGAGCGCAAUGGCAAAGGCCUACGUCAAGCAUCCGCAAUGGCUGCUUGCAGCAAUGGUCCUGUUGGCGGUGGUAAUGCUAAGCAAUGGCCAGAACGCAGCUACGAGGCCGCCAGCUGGUGUGACAUUAGGGAAUGCUGGACAAAGGACAAUUGAAUUUCAGUUCUUUUUACCAGCAAAGACAUUCGGCAACAGCACGUUGGCAUACAGAGUAGGGUGGAACACAGUCAACUGCAACACACCCUCAGGCCUAUGCCCAUGUACCGGUUACACCUGCUCGCUACAAGGAUCCAUUAUUGUUCAUUCUACCGUUACAAGUGCGAGCGGCGAGGUGAACAGGUUGCGAGAUUACACCACAUAUGCAUUAACGGUGACGCAAGUUGAUGACGUUGGUAAACCGUUUGGAAGAACCGUAUCGUCUGGGAUCACCACAUUAGAAUCACCACCAGGCCCGGUGUCUAACCUGACAGUGACUGCUGUGUCUAAUUCAUCUCUGUUGCUGACUUGGCUGUCACCGGCGGAACCAAACGGAAUCAUCACGCAAUAUGGAGUGUCGUAUCUACUGGGCGGAUCCAUCAGGAACAUCACACUGCCGUCCACUGCGGGAAACGUCACGCUCUCAAACUUACCAGCCAAUGGGACAUUCGCCGCAGUGAUCUAUGCUAUGAAUGCAGCAGGUACAGGGGUGAUCGCUGCAGCACAACUCGGCUUCGACUCCAUCAGCGAGGCCGCACCAAAACCAGCUGACGGAAGUGAUGGUGAGGCUGACGAGAGCAGCGGCGAGGACAGAUCAGAAACUGUGCCACCCAUGACCACCGGUGUCGCUGAAUCUAGCACUGCAAUGGAGAAUACACCAACCACGCUAUCGACAACUGAUCCCACCAGUCUGCCAGUCACCACCUUACCCUCGCUCCCAACAGCCACCACCGCCGCAAUCCCCACACCCCAAACUAUGACCACCGGAAUCCCCACUCUCCCAACCGCGACCACCCCCAUCCCCUCACUCCUAACUACGACCACCCCCAUCCCCUCACUCCCAACUACGACCACCCCCAUCCCCUCACUCCCAACUACGACCACCCCCAUCCCCUCACUCCCAACUACGACCACCCCCAUCCCCUCACUCCCAACUACGACCACCCCCAUCCCCUCACUCCCAACUACGACCACCCCCAUCCCCUCACUCCCAGCUACGACCACCCCCAUCCCCUCACUCCCAACUACGACCACCCCCAUCCCCUCACUCCCAACUACGACCACCCCCAUCCCCUCACUCCCAACUACGACCACCCCCAUCCCCUCACUCCCAGCUACGACCACCACCGCCACCACUGCACGCCCAUCUACCGAUACAGCCAGUGAUCCCGUCACCCCGUAUGUUAGUAGCGCAGCCACUCCCGCGCGUGGUGGUCAUUGUGGCUGGUAUCCGUCAACCUAUGGCAGUGUGGAGAUAGUAUUGCUCUACUCGCACAAUACUAUGCUUACAACCUUCAACUCCUCUGGACUUCAUCGUGUCCAGCAGCACAUUUCUGUUGAUACCAGGAUUGUGGUGAUGUGCUCCGAAGGAACAUACGUCCAAGGUGAUCCACCGCUGGUGUACCAGACUGUAAUUUGUCAGCAGAAUGGCAUGUGGACUAGGGAACUUGCAAGUUGCAUUGAGCCUGGCAGCAGUAGUUCCUCCAAAAGCCGCAAGGUUUCCGUUGUCACCAUUGGUCUGGUAUCGUCGGCGUGUGCAAUCCUUGUGAUCGGUUUAAUCCUGAUUGCUCUUGCUGUACAUUGCAAGCGUCGCUCGGCAAUGUAUCGCCUUCAGGAAAAACAACAUGAAGAGAACAUGGAGACUGAAAUGUGGGAUGUAAACCACUCUGACAGCUACCACAAGCAAAUUUCAAAACUCAACGAGAGGCACGAUUCGCCAAGGUCACACACGGAGGGUGAUGACGUUAAUUGUGAGGUGAUGAUCUAGGGGUCGGUAGUUUGCCAGGUUUUUCAUCCUUUUUAUAUACAUAUAAACACGUAUUCCUGAGCUACCCCCCCCCCUUCAUUUUAUGAGCCACAGAAUGAAUAUGUCCGUGCAGUUUUUUCAGCGUUCCGGAUGAAAGCGCAAACACUUCUUCUCUCUUUGCUUGUGUGCUCAGCUAGCUGUCCUUUCUGGCAUCUCUACAGUAAGCUUUUUUUUCUUUUUUUCGCUUCUUAGUUUCUUUCCAUGACUUCUCUGGCUCUGUAACUGUACAGUCGUGUAAGCGGGCAUUUAUCCCGCGUUCACUCUGAGCUCCGCUGAUGAGACCUGACAAGGUCGAAACAAGUAGCUGUCCGGAGAUGGAGAAUACGCUGCCUGUAUGGUAGAUAAUACUUAACAUACAUGCAUUUGCUGCUGCUUUUGCUGCUUUUGCUGCUGCUACUGCUGGUGCAGUGAGUCUUAGCCACACGGAUACACUUCUCUGGCUGAUUACUGCACUGGGACUGAGUUGCAGCACGGCUUUCUCUGUAUGUUGUAGCAACUGGUCAAGUUGCAGCCUACCGCUAUUCAGUUUGUUUUCGGCUUUUUUGCAGCCUACAUUCUACAUUGUAGUUCUCUUCCUCGUGCACAGUGGCUGCAUGUCAUCUGCACUCAUCAUGCUGGUGAUGCAAGUCAGUGAUGACCGGCUUCUUGCCAGUUCGUACCGCAUCAUAGAGCAUUUGUUUGUGUGUUUGUCGCCGUAUUGUCUCUCUCCAAACUGUCUCUCUCUUUUUUUCUAUUUUUUAGUGUUUAUUUGAAUUCGGAUAGCUCAACAGUACAGAAGUACAACUACAAAGAGUACUUGUACCGA